UUUGGAUUUGCCUCCUGUGCGACAACAAUGCUGCGGGACAGCGGCCUGUCCAAGCACAAUGCCAUGGCCAAUCGUAGGACUGAUGCUGGAGAGGCUGUCGAGGCCAAGCGCCCUGCCAAACGGGUGAAAGUCGAAGAGGCAGAGGCGCCAGACGCUGCGGAACUCGCUCCUGUCGACUCUGCACAGCACAAGACCACCGAUCUCGAAACAGCUCUCCCUCCGAUCGACACCGACAAGGACGCCAUCUUGGCCUACGAAGCCACUCGUGCUGCCGAUUGCUCCGAAUCACAAAACGACCAGCCAAAGUGGAUCCCCGGACAGCGCUCCAUCUACGUCGACGCCUUCAACCUCGCCCUGGACACGGUUCUCGAAGAUGAGAGCCAUCUCUUCGAUGCCGCUGAGAAGAAGGUCUUUGACAUGUGGCGUGGCUUGGAUUACGAGGCUCAAUAUCUUUACGUCCGCUUGUUUCUACGCAAGACUUCUGCCUGGCAUCGCGUCAAUCGCCUCGGCUACCACAGCGACAUCUCCGACCUCCCCAAGGCCGUUGAGACACUACAGAUCCCUUGCGACCUUCCAUCGCCCACCGUAGAGUCACUGCCUGUUCCUCGCGACUUUGACCAGCCAGAAGAUGCCCGACUUGGUCACUCCUUCACCUUUGCCGAUCGAUCGGAAGACUACAUUACCACUCUCGAAGAAGCCUCUUCGCUUCUCCUUCUUGACGAACUCAAAACGCUCGCCAAAGACGCAAAAGUACAAGGCAAGACCAAAAGAGAGUUGCUGAACGCCCUGAGAAAGGCAAGUGGGAAACAAGCUGGCCUGGGUUGGUCCUCGCUCAAGCGAUCCGAUACGGAAGAAUCUAUCAUAUCUAUGCCGGAUGAUGAUAGUCGAGAGGGCACUCCACUACAGAACCGCGACACACAUUUUCUCGAAAAGAUCAUGGCAGAGACCGGGCCCUGCGUCCGCCUGUCUGAUCCUGCACGUAGAUUGUUUGAACGUGUUCAUCUUGUUUUCUAUCGCUCCACUAUGUGGACUGAGAAGUCCCUGACGACUAUUAUCCUUGCAAAGAUUUCUCGUCUCAACUUCCCAGAAUACCUCGUGUGUCGAUCAGCCAACAUAUUUGCGUCCAGACCCAUGUUGCUUGAGUUCGAAGCAUCAUUACGGAUACAAUUUUAUCUUGACGGUGUUCUAGAGUUCAACGGUACCCCGAGCAAGGAGAAUCUGGACAUCAUCCUUAACCUCUGCGACCAUAUUCUUCCACGGUGGAAUGAGCUGCUGCAAGAGGAACAACAGAAGGAAGACAGCAUAUACAUGACUGGCGAGGGCGCGUAUCUGCGACGUUUGUCGCCUGCAUGGGUCUAUACCCGCAUCAUCCAUAAAGGUGCAUAUGUUAUGGGUAAGUUCAAGGACCACAAACGUGAGUACGAAACUCUAGAGGCUCUACUCAAACAGAAGCUCUUCCACACCUCCAGGCGAGGCGAUUGGUAUCAGCGAAAAGCUCUGUUAGAAGAACAUUACAUGCAUGCUUUGAGACCAACUCAUGGUCGUGGGGAGGAGGCCCAGAAGAAGCACUGGAAGCGAAUCUCCUUGCAAACCUGCGAGGAGGGUCUCCAAGAUCGGCUUGUGCACCUGAUGUAUCAUCAUGACUUACAGAAGCGAGUCAUGAAACUGGAGAAAGCACUUCGCGUGCCGAUGCGGGAGCAGCACGACUUUAGCCAUGUUCGCUUGGCAAAACCUGUAGAACGUUUCUUCCACGGCACUCGAAUACAGCGGCCUGAACAACCAAAUGAGACGAGAAGGGGAGGCAAGACUAUCUGGAUUGAUCCUGGAGAAAACGAGAAUGAAGGCGAAUGCUCGGUGGAAGCGAUGUGUCUGUCGCAAUACCGUGCUCUCGGUUACAAAGGAUACCAUGCCGAAGGUGGUAUUGUACGGACACUUUUCGCUUACCUCUUCUUCGAUGUCCUCUUUGUGUACAUCCCAGAUGUAUUCCAGACGCCUUACCAGACAUGUCCUUUGGAUCUGCACACAGACGCCUUUUACCCAUCUCGCAUAUCGGAGAUCAACCAACGCCUGAACGAGAUUAACAACGGAGAGGCCCAGAAUCUUAUACAAAAAGUGUGGGAUGACCAUCAUGAGAAGAACACAUGCGUUGUGGGGUUGAGCUGGUCUUACGAGUUAGAGGAUCUCCUUUCCAUCGCCAAAUGCUUCCCUCCUGCCGCCCUUAGUACCGUGUGUAAAGUCAUGGCACAAGAGUAUGGACAAAGAGGAGGUGGCGUACCUGACCUCUUUCUGUGGAGGGAGGAUUCUAGCGUAGAGGGUGGAGAGGUCAUGUUCGCUGAAGUGAAAAGUGAAAACGAUCGCUUGAGCGAUACACAACGCUUGUGGAUUGAUGUACUUACUGGUGCGGGUGUCACGGUAGAGCUGUGUAACGCUGUGGCUAAAGAAGUAAAAGUAGUUGGUUAGCUAGAACCUCAUGACUUGGACGAAUUUCACGAGCAUACGGAGACGGCGGAUUGCACGACAGAUCUUUCCUUCUUUCAUGGUGCUGCCAAUAAACUCAACCAACUUCAUGGAAUCUCCACUUGCCAAC